GCCUCCACAACCAUGCGACGAGAUCGAGACCCUCUUUAAGGGAGAGAGAUUACGGUACGAUGUUUCCGAUAUCUAUUCGAGAAUACGAUGUCCUAUCAGUCCUAUCAGAAGUGGGUUCUGCGAUCUGUUUACCCCACUUGACAAGUCUAUCCUUACGCGUCAAAAAUCUCGGGCGCUUUUUAUUCCAUUUUCAGUAACCUCUGCGUCUCCAUAUAUCCUUGGCUACAAGACAGUUUCUUGCAGAGACAAGCAGCAGAUGAAUUCUCUUGGCAUUGCACUGCCCCAGUCAAUUGGCACAUCAAUCAUGAUGGCGAUGAGAUUGUUGCUUCUUUUCCCUUUCUUUCACUGUCUGGACGGUGAUGGGACGUCUGCGGAGUCAAUAUCAUGAGGUUUGCUAUUUUCACUGCUCUGCCUGCUGCGGUAAGAGCGCUAUCUUUCAGUGCAUAUGAUCUAGGAUUUCAUGGCAUCUAUCCCACUCAGAACUACCUUACUCUAGGUCGACCUUCUCCGUGGGUCCAAAUAUCGCAUUGGGACUCGAGAUGCGAAAGUGAUGAUGCGUUGAUCCUCCUUACCCCUCGCGGAUCCUACGUCCCAAAUCCAGGCCCGGUCAUUGUCGAUGCGAGAGGAAACCUAGUGUGGUCAGAGAGUAAAUAUGGACAGGCGAUGAACUUGCAGGUGCAGAGAUACAGAGGACAAGAAUAUUUGACCUUCUGGUCAGGGACAAGUCAUGGAGCACACUCGAAUGGGUCGUAUUAUAUGCUCGAUUCGACAUAUGAGCCCAUACACCGAGUCUCAGCAGUGGGAGCAGACCUUGGAGGUGACUUACACGAAUUCGAGAUUACAAGCGAUGAUACAGCGCUCAUUACCAUAUACCAGGACGUCGAAAUUGAUUGCAGAUCAUUAGGCUUUGAGAGUACAUGUUGGAUCAACGACUGCUUGUUUCAAGAAAUCGAUAUCGAAACAGGCAAUCUGCUUUUCCAAUGGCGAGCAUCGGACAACGUUCCACUGACGGACUCAUACAAGAGCAGAGGAGGCGAUGGGCGAAGUCAAGAUACGUCCUAUGACUUCUUCCAUCUGAACAGCAUAGAGAAGGAUUCGAAUGGUAAUUACUUGAUCUCGUCGAGGCAUAUGCACGCUAUCUACUAUGUUGACCGGACGGGAGAUAUACUCUGGACAUUGGGCGGAAAACAUAGCAAUUUCGAGGACUUGUCGAACGGUCAUGCUUCGAACUUUCGCUGGCAACACCAUGCACGGUGGCACGAGAACUAUACCAUCUCUCUUUUCGAUAACAACGGGAACAACGUUUUUCACAAUCGCGCCGAACUCAGUCGUGGCAUGACGAUCUCUCUUGAUCUUGCGAGUAUGACAGUGGAGCUGCAGAACACUUACGUCCAUCCAGACAAGAUACUUGCCAUAUCGCAGGGCUCCAUGCAAGUCAUACCUGAGUCGGGCCAUGUUCUCAUCGGGUGGGGAAACACACCAGCAUACACCGAAUUCACAGCAGAUGGAGAUGUCCUCUGCAACAUGUACUUCGGCGCAUUGUUGUUUUCUGAGAUUCUUGACUUGGGAUGGGUGAAAUCAUAUCGAGCAUUCAAGAGUCCUUGGGUUGGAAAGCCAAAGGCACCUCCUGACAUUGCUGCCAAAGAUGACAAGGUGUUCGUGAGUUGGAAUGGAGCUACUGAGGUGGCCAGUUGGCGACUGCAAAGUGCCGAGUUUCCUGAUGCUGCUGAAGAUGAAUUUGUUGUCGUCGGGGAACUCCCCAAGAACGGCUUUGAAACGGCAUUUGUCUUUGAUGGUGUCGAGGACCAUUUCGUCCGAGCUAUUGCCCUGGAUGCCGCUAGCAAUGUGCUAGGGACUACGAAGGUUAUUGAUUCCAUGCCUCCACCUGUCGUUCCGCUUUGGUCAAUCAUCUUAUUCCUCUCGAGCUUGAUUAUUUCUGGAUUUCUAGUUCGGAGAUACCGAGUCAUGAUCUGCAUUCAGACGUCGAGGCUUUGGAGGUCACUCAAACGAUAUCGAAAAGAUGAGAACCAUAUGUACGAGCUUCUGGAAACGCAGCCCGAAAGAACCUCUCUCGCGAAUGAUGUAAAUCGCAUAAAUACGUAGCACUUGGUGUUGAUAGCUACUGCUACAAGCUUGCGUGUCUACUGCUGUACAUAAACACAUAGAGGAUGGUUGCAUCGACCAGAGUAGCAUUUCUUUGGCUAUAAAGCUCGACAGAGUUAUAUGUCAUUUCUCGGGCAACGUUUACAUUUAUACCAAC